UGAUCACACAUCUUUAAUCAAGUCUUCACGACAUAUUCUUUCAGUUUCGUUUCGGAUACACGUCUUCACUAUCGAAGACCUUUAUUUCUCGUACAGUUUCUCGUACAGUUUUACCUGCUCGUUUUACUCUAUCUCCUAUCAACGGUCCAACAGCAUACAAGAUGUCGGCCACUCAGAAGUUCCAGUCUUCCCUAUCCGUUUUCGCCUUGGUUUACUCUCCCAAUGGCAAAGAAAACCGAACCAGCCCCUUCCACCGCCUGCCCGUCGAGGUUGUAUCCAUGAUUUUCGCCAACAUGGACACCUGGAAAGAUUUCAAGGCAGCAGCGCAUUCGUGCAAACGAGCAUUGGCGAUAACCAGACAGAACGAAUCGUUUAUUGCGAGCACGUGGAUCUCCAACAUGCUGCCCCCUUCCGUCGAAAAGUUCGGAAUCAUGGCCGUCGCCUCUCGACAAUUCGGCCGCUAUGAGGUGAAGGAGUUCGUUGAGAAGUACAUCUCACACGAGGGUGACUAUCCAUCCACCUACAAAAGUAUGGCGAUUGCUUCUGAAUUGCCGGAACUCGUGAAAGCGGCUCAAUUGAUCAUCAAUACACCGCUUGUGAGAACUCCUUAUCCAAACCGCUCUCCCGAUGGAAUUGAAAAGACGCCAACGGAAUACGCGCGAGAGCUACGGGCGUGUUUCAUGAUAGAAACGGCAGCAAAUCUGCUCAGGGGCUUGGAGCACGAAGCAGACGAGAACUUAGCUGAGGGCAAGUUCGGGGAGAUGAAGCGCGCAUACUGGACGGCUUUCUCCAAAGUCGAAGUGCAAGCGGCAAGACUCAUGUUUGACAAUUAUGAGCAGAACCUGUUCAACGCUCUCAAUUGCAACAGGGGUCGUAACUGUUAUCUUGACGAUAAGGAACUCGAAAGGUCCCGUUUUUCCAGCACAAAUCGUUCCUUCGCUCGGGUCUUUUCACUAGAAGCUGGGCUGCUCCAGAUGCACGACUGGAACAACCGACCCAUCAUCCUCCUACAUUGGGCAUUCCGCGAUUUCAAGCAGGGGCGAGGGAGUGGGCGGCGUGACGCAUAUCAGUAUUUCGAUCAGUUUCUAGAGAACGAGGACAUGGUAUUUGCCGAAUCCCCAUUCCAGCCGGACCCGAAAGCGAUCGACCUAGCUGCUCGUGACGAAUUCUUCAAAGCGAACAAGGACGACAUUUCUUCCUACUACACCUGCGACGAUCUGCAAAAGGGUCUCUCAUGCCAAAUCUUCUGGGACCAGGACACCUUCACAGCCUGGCAACAGCAGUUAGGAGAGAAGAAGCUUCUCCAAUGGGAUGACCCGGCUAUGCAUGAGUCUGAGUCCGAACCUGAGCCUGAGCCUGAGCCGGAGUCUGAGCCCGAAGAAGAAGAGCAGGCACCCUCUGUGUUCGACUCAGAUGACUAUGAAUUCGAAACCCCGAGCGAUCGGGAGCUUGGCCCGGAGUUAUAUGGUAGAUGGAAGAAUUCUAACUCAUACAUGAGCUUUCAGGAAUACAUGAGUCAGUGGCGAAUGGGUAGGGAGGAGGACGAGGGUCAGUACGACGAUGAGGACGAGACGGAUCCCAUUAUUGAGAACAUGGUCGAGAGUUGGGCCUAUGGUGAAAAUGGGGAUGAAAAUGAGGAUGAAACCGAAGGUGAUGAUGCUGAUGAUGAGGAUGAGGGUGAGGGCGGGGAUGAGAGUGAGGACGAGUUCUAACUAAUGAUAACUGAAAAAGGCUCCGAAUCAGGGAUGAUGUUCAUGACAAGAGGCCUGGCAUGGCAGGUCGUGCUCUAUUCAUAGAGAGAUGAGUGAUGAGUGAUGAGUGCGUUGACGAUGAGAUUGAAACCUAUGGCCUUGCGUUGUAUUGAGACAGACUUGCAUUGACUUGCAUCGGCAAACUUGCAUGUAACAUUGAUCGCUUAUAUUUCGCUAGCUGCUUACUGAUGUGGCAUCGCAUGGCACCUUUGCAGAUGAACUUGUACUGUUGUGUAUUGUAGCAAAUUGUUGUAGUUGAUGCCCUUAAGCUUGUGCUUCUGAUAGAUAUUCAAGUUUCCAA